AUGGAUAAAGUCAGCGAACCAGUGCUAAUCGGUACAUUGCGCUUGCGGCGCGGUGAGGUCACUUGUGUGGACACAGCGGGCCCUCGGCUCGUGGGCGGGAGUGGUGAUGGAACAUUACGGCUAUGGCGGUGGGCUCGCGAUGUCGCCUGGGUAGAGUCCGCUGAGUACCCUAGAGCACAUAGAUAUGGUGUUACAGGUGUAAGGUUCGCUUUGUCAGGAAUCUUACUAGCUUCGAUUGGAAUAGACGGCGCGGCUCGUAUAUGGAGCACGAGUGAAGCUCUCGUUGUGAGGCGUACGCUGGCAGCACCAGACGCAGCGGCCGCCCGGUCUCUAGAGUGGGCGACCAGCGACAGGCUCGUCGUCGGUCACGACGACGGAGGCAUUCGCGUGUGGGCGGUCCGAUCGGGGACAUUACUUGCUCAUAUACGUGCGCACGAAGGAGCAGUGUAUGCACUCACUGCAUUAGACAACGUUGCACUAUUACUAACUGCUUGCACAGAAGGCGUGUUAAAAGUAUUUGAUUUUGAAGUUACAGAUAUCAUUACACAAGGCAGAGAGGGUACCACGGGUCCCUCGCCUUUACUGUGGGAGGAUGGCGCGCAUGAUUUAGGUGUGCUAUGUGCUACCCAACAUCUCAAGCGUGCAGCUACAGGAGGACACGACGGACGCGUACGCCUCUGGCGCGUCGAAGGGACGGGGCGAGAACGAAACGUUGUAGCUGACAUAAUUUUAACGGGCCAUAUAGCUGCAGUGACUGCGUUGCAUUGGGCCCGCGAUCUGCUCGCCUCUGCGUCGUUGGAUCGCACUGCGCGAUUAUGGGCUCCGAACUCAGCUACAUGUGUUCGUGUUCUACAUGCUCAUUCCCGAUAUCUGACUUGCGUGGCGCUCGCGUCUGAUAUGCGUUACGUAGUGACAGGUUCCAAUGACAAAUCAAUACGUAUGUGGUCAUUAGGAGAUCUUUCUGUACACGAUGCUUUAAGCCCGCCCUGUAACCCGCUUGUUCAUUUCGCUCUCGGUGAUCUCGAGGGUAUAGGACCCGUCGAAGAUGACAUAGCAACAGACAUAGAGCAAGUCGGAAAUCAUUUGGAGUGUGCGGGCUCCGCGGCGCGCUGCGCGAUCCGUGAGCCUCACGCUUCCGCUAUAAAUUCAAUUGCUAUUUCUACUCAAAUGAUUGCGACGGCUUGCAGCGAUGGAUAUGUACGAGUCUUCAGAUAUCAUGAACAUGAUGAGGUGCUUCAACAAGAACUAGAAUUAUCGGCUAAUUCAUAUCCAGUAAUGGCUGUCGAUUUCGGGGCGAAUGGAGCAUUGCUACUCAGUGGCGGACUUGAUGGAUGUGCACGUGUUUGGGAUGUUCAGACAGGUUGCGAGUUAAUGGUCAUGUCCGUGGAAAGUUGUGGGAGCGACGGCGGCGGCGGAGUGCGCGACGCUCGCAUCUCUCCGCAUCGUCCGCCUCUCCUCCUCGUAGCGAGUGACGACGGUCUCGCGGCGCUGUGGAGCAUCGAUCCACCUGGUCCAGACCCUCUACAUGUGUAUUCAGGACUGGCUGAAGCAGCCAUCUGUUGCGCAUGGUCCACCGACGGACGAGUGUUAGCCACGGGAGGGGAGGCGGGAGAGUUGCGCGUGUCAGUUCCACCGCCGCAGUCAGCCUUGCUUUGCCAAAAAGUGGACGCUCAUGACCUCGGAGUUCUUAGCUGUGAUUUCGCUAAUACCUCGUCUUUGAAAAACUUUAAAUCUGAUGACGAACAUCCCUUAUUACUAUUGGCUACUGGAGGACGCGAUGCUUUUGUGAAACUAUGGUGGGUGGAGAUGAGCGUUAAUUUAAUGAGUAUCGAAGAAGGAUCUUUAGAGCUGGCACAUACUCUCUCGGCGCAUGGUGGAGCGGUGCAGUGUGUGCGUUGGGGUCCUUACAUUCGACAUGAGUCUGAACUAACACUUGCGACUGGCGGAGCUGAUCGUUGGGCCCGUGUGUGGCGAGUGACCGUGCAUAACAUGAAGCUCGAUGCACAGGCCGUGGUGGCGGUACCGGCCGGAGCGGCAGGAGGUGCUCCAGCUGUACGCUUGAUGGGUGAUGGUGACGAAGCCUCGCUAGUUGUGGGAUCGCUAUCUGGUAAUUUGGCAGUAUGGCGAUUACCCCCCAUAGAUUCACUGCAUGAUACAGAAAGUGCCGAAACGCGCAUCUGGGGCACCGUGGGAGUGACACGAUGGCUACGAGAAUAUGUACUAAAGCCGCCAGGGUCAUCUGUGCCCGAGUCGGAAGCGGCUCGCUUGCUGGCUGCAGCUGGCGCCGCCGCCGUGACUGGUGCAAAACUGCUGGACGAACCUUUGGACGAGUUAAAGCUUAGUUUCGGAUAUGGACCUGAAUCUGGAGAAGAGCUUAAUGAGCUAGCGGAGACUCGAGAACGUCUUCUCGAUGAAAUACUUUGGCUGCGACGAGAGCCAUUGUCAUAUGAAUUGGAAGAUUCAGCUCCCCACGCCCUGCGAUGCCCCCUGACGCAUGCAGUUCUUCGAGAACCUGCUCGUGCCUCGGAUGGUUUUACCUACGAGCGACAGAACAUUCUAGAUUGGAUUUUAGCUGCAGGAACAGAGGAAGUGCGUUCGCCGGUCUCUGGUCGACGCCUAAGUAGCGUGCUCAUUGAACCAAACUACGGCGUGCGAAGUCAGCUGCAGCAGUUCUGGGACUGGCGACGGUAGUGACAGCGGCGCAGCUGAGCCGCCGGCGCCCCUUAGUGCUAAUAUUAC